AUGGGGGACCUCGCAGCUCGUAACUGCCUGGUGACGGAGAAGAACGCGCUGAAGAUCAGUGACUUUGGGAUGUCGCGGGAGGAGGAGGACGGGAUCUACGCCUCCACAGGAGGCAUGAAGCAGAUUCCUGUGAAAUGGACAGCGCCAGAGGCACUGAAUUAUGGCCGCUACUCCUCCGAGAGCGACGUCUGGAGCUUCGGGAUUUUGCUGUGGGAAGCCUUCAGCCUGGGCGCCAUCCCCUAUUCCAACUUGAGCAACACCCAGACGCGCGAGGCCAUUGAGCAAGGGGUGCGGCUGGACCCCCCCGAGCAGUGUCCCGAGGACGUGUACAGGCUGAUGCAGCGGUGCUGGGAGUAUGAUCCCCGGAAACGGCCCAGCUUCAGCACCAUUCACCAGGAGCUCGUCAGCAUCCGCAAGAGGCACCGGUAACAGACCGCGGGCUCCCAGGCCAGGAGACGCUGCCCUGGGCCCCUUGGGCAGAGCCCACGUUGGUGCCGACUCCCCUCAGUGGCACUGCGAACGCCCGGUGUGACCGCCCAUGGACUCGUCUUCCACUAUGGCCUGGGUCAGCGCAGGCUCCAGCCAUCGCCAUCAGCAGCCCCAGGCUGUUGGUUGCCUCCUGGGUGCAGAGAGACCCUGGGCCGUGGGGUCUCCAGCCUGCGCAGCGCCAUCCCCUGCGCCUGCCCCAGCUGUCAGGACAGAUGGGCCAAGCCCUUCUCUUCUGCUUUGGGGGGGUAUUUCCUCUGGAAUAAAAACCACCCCUUCCUCACCCAGUCAGUGCUGUGGCACCCAAUGGGAUUGCAGGGACUGCGCUGGGUCCCUGGGGACCUGCUCAGACGAACUGGCCCCUUCUGCCCCUGCAGGGUACUCCCCAGGGCCUCAGAGCCAAAGCUGGUCUUUCUGUGCAGUGCCAGGAGCCUGGGGGCUCGGCCUAGCCUGGCUCCUGGGCCCGGGGGCAUGGUGCUGGCAGGCGGAAGAAGCCGCUUGGGGCUAAGACACACUGCGGGGCUGGGCCACUGGUCUCCGUGGAGCUAGGCACGUGCCUGUGGCUGGGGCACGUACCAGGCAGGGAGCUGUGUGACCGACAGCCCGGCCCAGUCUCUGGCUGGUACCUGAGCUGUGUGCAUGCUCCCAGGAAUGGCGCAUGCAAACUGGGUGGGCAGCCGCACCCCCGUGUGACUCUGGAAAUCCGGCUGUGGCCGUGCCAACCAGCACCACGGGCUGUGCCCCUCACUAAGACUGCUGCGUUCAGCUCUAGGCACCAGAAAUGGCUCUGGCAGGGGCCAGCAUGGCCCUUGCUGGGCACGGCAUGGGCAUCUCGUGUCUUAGGCAGGGCCUUGCCCUCUGUGCUGCCAAGGCCUCUCAGUGCCCGGAGCCGGCCAGCCCCAGCAUUUACCAAUGUUCUGGACUCCGGGUAUGGCCAUAGCACCAGUGGCCCUGGUCAGGGCCCCACUGUGCCAGGCGCUGUACAGACACAGAGCCAAGAGACAGCCCUGCCCCACAGAGCUACAAUCUGAGCAUAGCAGGAACGACAGGUGCAUGCUGUGAUGAGUGUGAAGCUUGGUAAGAUUUGUAUGUUGCCAACGCAUGCCUCAGUUUCCCGCUGUGCUUUGUACUGCUGUGCUGUCACGGAUCCACAGGAUCUCUUCUGUGCCUCUGCUAUUAAA